AUGAUUGGCACUCGCGCAACACAAUCUGCAGAGCAACUGGCUGCACAGAACUCUGCUCCUAUUGAACAUCGAUUUAACCCUUAUGAUGACAAUGGUGGCACCAUCAUUGGCAUUGCUGGUGACGAUUUUGUCGUGCUUGCAGGCGAUACCCGCCACUCGACUGGCUACUCCAUCAAUACUCGUUACCGACCUCAGGUCCACGAACUGGGAGACAAUAUGAUUGCCUCAGCAAGUGGCUUUUCUGCAGACUCGGAUGCGCUGAUCAAGCGUCUUAAAACCCGCAUCGAAUGGUACCACCAUGCUCACAACAAGCCUCUCCAAGUCGCGUCUGCUGCCCGCCUUACCCAGACUCUGCUAUACUCCCACCGUUUCUUCCCUUACUAUGUUGGCACUAUUAUUGCAGGCAUUGAUCCAGAGGGUAAAGGUGCCAUCUACUCUUUUGACCCCGUCGGCUCAUAUGAACGUCAAACCUGUCAUGCAGGUGGCUCGGCUGCUUCUUUAAUCGUUCCCUUCUUGGACAACCAAGUCGACUUUAAGAAUCAGUACGAUCCUGCUACAAACAUUCCAAAAAAACAAGUUAACCUGCCUCAGGAAGUUGUUGUUGGAUUGGUCAAGGAUGCCUUUACCUCAGCUACCGAACGUCAGAUUCAAGUCGGUGACUUUCUGGAAAUUGUCAUUGUCAAAAAAGAUGGUAUUACUAAGGAGCUGGUUCCAUUAAAGAAAGAUUAA